AUGCAAGCAGGUGCAUCUGGAGGUGCUUGCUGGGUUGCAUGUGCAUCUAUCAUCGUUGGAGUAGCUCAGCUCAGCUGCAGCUGCUGGCGAGCCGCAGCCGAGAUGCCCAUCUGCAUCGAGUGCCGACACCCCGUCAAGACGCUCUGGACGCAAUACUCUGGAGCAGGGGACAAGGCUAGCGGGCACAACAUCCGCCUCACUGUGUGUCGCAACUGCGGCCAGUUCUGCGACAAGUAUGUAGAGCAUGACUUUGUCGUGCUCUUUAUCGAUCUGGUGCUCAUAAAGCCCCAGCCUUCCAUAGUUCGUCUGGGGAUCCUUUUACUUCUAUUCGACGUCUACUUGACCUGGGCUCGCAUCGAGAAGCAGACGGUGCCUGAUGCCGCGCCAGGCGAGAGCAACCUCGGAAAGCUCGCGCAACAGUCAAUUGUCUUUCAGUAUCUCUUCUUCCUCGUCUUCUGCGCCCUCUCCACGGCGGCGUUCCAUGUGAGCAUCCGCUUCCUCACCUCAUCCACCUUUUCACCUCUCAACGCCCUCGGCAUCCUCCCUCGGUACUCACGGCCAAACUCGGUCUCGACAGCCCUGCUUGUCUCCUCCUACUCCAAGCUGUUCCCCAUUCUCAUGGUCAUCUGGGAAUACGACGUCCCUGCCGCCGCCAGGUCACUUGGCUGGGCCGUCGUGGCCAACAACGUCGAGGCACUGCGCAUCCUCCUCGACUGUGGCUACACUACGGCAUGUCUUCUGGCCAUCGCAGGCGCGGCUUCGCGCUGGGUUGUUGGCCGUGUCGUCCUGUACGCCGCUGGACUCGCCGAUGUGGACUCGAUAGGCGGGAGCAACAUCGCCGAGGACGGGAGAGCAUUAUGGGCGCUGAUGAUAUACGCGAAGGAGUGGGCCAGUCGGCUUGCUGUCGGAUAG